AUGGACACCGGCGAAGCUAGACCAAUCUGGCCACCACGCGGAUGUGAUCCACCACCUUUACUAGAAGAAGAAAACCAUCCGGUUGAAGUCAUGAAGUUGCAAGACGCUGAAACAGUUGCUUCAGUUUUCUUCAAUCGUGAUCAAGACCCUAACUUCGAGAAACGACUCUGCACUGAACUAUGUAAGACAUCUGCAAGGCAAGGGGCCGUUAAUAAGGACCCACUACCGGAUGAUGGAGGUUUGAGCGUGGGACGUAUCCUUCUGGCGUGA